AUAGUAUGGCAGUGGUUAGUUUGCAGCUAGACCUCGGUGCGAAGGGCGUUGCUCGUACAUAUGAGCUAUUACGAUGACUAGUUCAAUCGAAAUUGAUUUCUGUCCACACCUGUCGUAGAAACAAUGGACGUUCUGGACGGAGUUCCGCGGUGUGUUCUCGGCUAUCAGGUCAAAACCCGCACGCAGAUCGUGUUCAGCUUUCUGAUUCCGGUGAUUUUCGAACUGCUGGUCUACACGGUGGUCAUCACGGCUGACGUUCUGGUUGUGGUGGAGCACUUUCGCAAUGAUAAUCCGACGUGGGCUUGGUUCACCUUGAGUUUUAUGUGGCUGCCGGCAAUUGCGUGUUUCGCGGCUGUGUUGUCAUCACCUAGUCAAUGGCCGGAGACGAUUGGGUUUGAUGAGCGGACGCUUCGGUUCGUGGAGAAAAAUCUGCUGGUGUUGGUGUUCUUCCCUGUGGCGGCUGUUUACAGGUUCAGUCGAAGGAUAUUCUGGACCAUUGAGGCUUUAUUUCACGAGAAGACGUCGUACGGAAGGGUACAGGCAGUAUGCAAGAUUAGGGAGACGUCUCCAUUCGAGUUGUACCACUUUUUGCAAGCGUUCUUGCAUGCCGCUCCUCAGAUGCUCCUCCAGCUGUACAUACUGCUGCGUGAUAACACAUUCAGGAAUUACGAUACGGUGACAGCGCAAAUAGUGAGUGUGGUGUUUUCGUUUCUCACAAUGGCAUCCAUUAUCACGUCGUAUCAGCGAUUCGAAAGCCAAAAGAUCGUUGGACGAUGCUAUCCGUGGAGCUCUGAAGAGCAGGUGAAGGCUCGUAAAAGAGAACUUCAACGAACAACUAUCACCGUGGAAAGCGUAAUGGAACGGAAUAUCACCAGCGGGCUCCCAGAGCCAGAUCCAAUGACACCAAAUAUCAUGCGAAAUUUCUAUUCCAGAUAUGGCGAAGAUUCACCUACGCCCAGUGGAUCAAGCACUCAGCGUAAAACUUUGAACGUAGAUCAAUCGAACUUUGAUUCCCUCUCCUCAAAGAAAAUCAAGGAUCCUUACAUAAACUAUACCGACGACGAUAAACUAACCGUAUCAGAUACGGUAGAUUCUCUCUCUCCAACCGUGAGCUUCAAACAGGAUUUGGUCGAAAACAUCGAAGAUAUCCGAGACUACAUACGCCGGACGGACGAUUCAAAAUUAGCCGCCAUUGUGGACAACAGUGAUGACGAAUACGAGGAUCCGAUCUACGCGGAAAUAUUCGACAAAAGCCCUCGAACGCCAGCUCCACCUACUCCUGCCGCUUACCUGGCAAAGCGAGCUUCCAUGUUGAAGAACUUUUUCGUGUUCGACACUGAAAACUUCAUCAAAGAUCACGUUCCUCGACUGCCGGGAAAUCUGUUCGAACACAGUGAGAGGAAAUCUACGCCUGCGCCGGCAGCCUCGGACGAGCCUGACGGAGAUCUGCUGUCGUUGCCAUCGCGUCGACAGAUCAUUAGUGGACUGGAAGAGGACGACCUCAGUGGCAAGUCGGUGGCUUUUGCAGGGUGGGUCAUGUUCCUGUUCAUGCGGAUGAUCGCCUUGUCGGUGUUCUACGUAUUCUUCCCGACGUACUUCUGGAUGAUCUGUCUCAACCACUACCUGCUGAUGAUUGCAUGCAUUAUCUACGAAGUGCGGUUCCACGAAAAGCUGGAGCGGUACUACUUCUACCUGUUCCUGGCCUACAUCUACAUGUUUUCCAUAAUGGAGUUCAAGAUAAAGUUCAUCCACGUUAGGACCUGGUACGUGGGGUAUGUGACGGUCAUGUUGGUGGAAAACUUCGCCAUGAACGCCAUUUGGUACAAUCUGGGAACGUUUGAAUCGUGGUGGUUCGACUUUAUACACUUCAUCACUAUUAUGAGCGGUAUACUGAGUUUGCUGUGUCUUUUAUUUUACUACGCAUUCUUGCGUCCUAGGGAUAAGCUGUUGUUUGUAAACUGAACUGUGGCACUUCUGUGUAGCAUCUUAUGUAGCGUAUAGUGUAUGGUAAUCGAAUUGUAAGUAAAAGUUCAAUAAAGUGUAAAUGAUCAUGAUGUGGUAUAAUUUA